AUGGAGAAAGUCGAAGCCCUUGUGGAUCGGGCCAAACACCUGGCUCUCCAUGAGCCACCUCGCGAGGCAUCACACCGUGUGGAUGUAUUCCACCCGUCGCUCGAUAACCAUAUCGAGAAGAUCUACAAGUCGGUUGAUGCCUACGCCCCGACAACGUACUAUUUCCUCAAUGAAAUCCAACAUGAUCCAAAGGAUGCUUCUGUUGAGGAGACGCCUGUGGAUGUCCUAGCAUCUGUCGAUGCUUUCCGCGACUAUAUGAAAGACGAAACCUCCUGUGCCAUGGCGUCGGAACAUGGCCUCGAUACUUCGGCCCCGCUUUCGGACUACUUUAUAUCGUCCAGCCAUAAUACGUACUUGACAGUGCAUUACGGCAAACUGAGACAUGUCCAGGUUCUGCAAAGAGGCUGUCGAUCCGUCGAGAUCGACGUAUGGGAUGGAGAAUCAGAGACGCCCAGCUCCAGCGAGGACGAAACAAGCGACAGCAGCAGCGAUUCCGAAGGUGAAGAUCCAAGCGGACGCACAGAGAGCGAAAAAGCCGAGUCAAAAGCUCGGCGAAAGCCCAAAGCACCGAAGGAAUCGAUCACAUCUAGAUUGGAAGCUAAGUUGGGAUCGGUCCUUCGUCGCAAGUCUGCCAAGUCACCGGAACUGCCUGCAGAAGGGGACACUGCUACGAGCCAUAUGCCUGUCCGAGCUGAGCCUCGGGUACUGCAUGGCCAUACACUUACUAAAGGAGCUACAUUCCGCGAGAUCUGCUAUGCGAUUCGGGAUAAUGCUUUUGUUGCUAGUGAUCUGCCGAUUGUGAUUAGUCUGGAGGUCCAUGCUUGUCUGGAGCAGCAGCAAAUGAUGGUGGAUAUUAUGAAGGAAGCGUGGGAUGGGAUGUUGGUUGACUCGCAGCCGGCUGAAGGUGUUCCCUCGCUUGCUGAUCUUAAAGGGAAGAUAUUGAUCAAGACCAAGGGUCUUCCCCUCGAUGGGGAUGAGGCGAAAGCGGAAUCCGAUGCCCUGACGCCACAAAACUCCGUGGAUAAAUCGCCGGGAGAGCAGCCAAAGCCAUCGAAGGUGCUUAGGGCUCUGGCCGACUUGGCAGUGUACACUCGGGCGUAUCAUUUCAGCCACUUCGAUCAACCAGAGGCCAGGGUCCCUGUCCAUGUAUUCUCAUUAUCCGAGAAAGCCGCACGCGAGGCCCACAUCAACUAUCGCGAUGCCCUGUUCGAGCACAACCGCUCCGCACUGAUGCGAAUCUAUCCGUUCGCAUUCCGCGUGAACUCGUCGAACCUCGAUCCAAGCUUCUACUGGCGCCGCGGCGCCCAGCUAGUCGCAUUGAACUGGCAAAAUCUCGACAAGGGCAUGAUGCUCAAUCAUGGGAUGUUCGUCGGAUCGCACGGCUGGCGCCUCAAGCCAGCAGGGUAUCGCAGCGAUCGCGAAGUAAGCCAAAUCGAGCGUCGCAACCUAACCCUCUCCCUAGAGAUAUACGCCGCCCAGGAUCUGUCCUUGCCACCGGGUGAUCACAACGAAAAGGGGUUCCGCCCCUAUGUUACCUGUCAGCUACAUGUCGAAGAGCCCGAGGGCGAAGUUACCCCUGACAGGGAUGACGCAAGCUCUGACACAGAAAAAACCAGCUACAAGCGAUGCACGAAGAGCUCGUCGGGCCGGAACCCUGAUUUCGAAGGUCAGAAGAUCGAGUUCCCGACCGUGACUGGGAUUGUAGAGGAGCUGAGUUUCCUGAGGUAA